CGGGGUUUUAGUUAUGCAUAUUCACUGACCCACUACCUUGUUAGGACAUGAAGUUUAAUUGCAUUUAAGUAAAAAAUUUGAUGCAAUCCUAAACAGGAAUCAAGGACGCCGACCUUGAGAGUGUUUGAUGUCAGAAUAUGUCCCAUCGUAAUUACGUACGCGAAGAACAAUACGUCGGACCGUACAGACUUGAGAAGACGUUGGGAAAAGGUCAGACAGGACUUGUUAAAAUGGGAGUACAUUGUGUGACAGGUAAAAAAGUAGCUGUUAAAAUAGUCAACCGAGAGAAGUUAAGUGAUAGUGUUCUUCAAAAGGUUGAAAGAGAAAUUGCAAUUAUGAAACUUAUUGAACAUCCGCAUGUGCUUGGAUUAUAUGAUGUAUACGAAAAUCGACGGCAUUUAUAUCUUAUUCUAGAACAUGUGUCCGGUGGUGAACUAUUUGAUUAUCUAGUCCGUAAAGGUCGUUUAGCACCAAAGGAAGCAAGAAAAUUUUUUAAGCAGAUUAUAUCUGCAUUAGAUUUUUGUCAUAGUCAUUGCAUAUGUCAUCGAGAUUUGAAACCUGAGAAUCUUUUACUUGAUGAUCAAUUAAAUAUACGUGUUGCUGAUUUUGGUAUGGCGUCAUUACAACCGGAAGGUUCAUUAUUAGAAACUAGUUGUGGCUCUCCACAUUAUGCUUGUCCAGAAGUAAUCAGGGGUGAAAAAUACGAUGGACGUAUGGCAGAUGUUUGGUCAUGUGGAGUGAUUUUAUAUGCUCUUCUAGUGGGUGCACUACCAUUUGAUGAUGAUAAUUUAAGAAAUUUAUUAGAAAAAGUUAAAAAAGGCGUAUUUCACAUACCAGCAUUUGUUUCAACUGAUUGUCAGUCAUUAUUAAGAUCUAUGAUUGAAGUGGAUACACGUAAACGUAUUACGUUGAAGGAGGUGCUAGAACAUAAAUGGGUCAUUGGUGAUCAGAAUACACCUUUACCAUUGGAAUUGCCAAUGACUCAAGCUGUACAAACUGCUAUUAUUCCAACACGUGCAGAUAUAGAUCCUGAUAUAUUUUCUACAAUGACUUCUUUACAAUGUUUUCGUGAUCAAGAAAGAUUAGUUGAAGAACUAUUAUCUCCAGUACAUAAUACUGAAAAAGUGAUUUAUUUCCUUCUAUUGGAUCGUAAACUACGAAAUCCCAGUUCAGACGAUCCAGAUGAAAUUCGAUCUCGAAGUAGUACUCGUAAGUUGAUUGCAAAUGUGUGUGUACCAUGA